CUGAAAUAGUAGAAGGUUUCGUCGAUCCGGGGCAUUUGUUGAAACAAAAGAACACUUAUACUCCUUCCUUGCUAAUUCUUCUACACGGCAUAGUCCCGAAUACCAAGUCCAAAUUCAUCCCACAAUUUUGCGCUUUCCCCACCGAGAAAUGAGAGACGCGAAUCCAUGACCCCUGAUAUCACGAACGCUCCAUCCUCGAUGAACACGGUGCAAGAUGCGCAACGCCCGGGCACCACGCCCGACGAGAUACAAGACAAUGGCAGGCUGGAACCCGCUGUAGCCAGCACAGAUUCUGGAACAGACGGCGAAAAGGGCAGCCUGGUGCAAGAACGCCCGCCCUCGGAGGGCUCGGCGACGGCGGAAGAUGCUACGACAAAGAUAUUUCGGUUCCUCGCGACUGCCACGCCGGGGACCCUCGGCGCAGUCGCAGUCGGCCUCGCUGCGGUCACAUACCUAAUGCUUGGGCGGAUUGGGCUGCUCUUGGUUGGCGCAUUCGGCGGGGUCGUGGCGCUCAUACAGUGGGAGGGACGGAACCCCGAGGUGUCGCGUGCCAUCAGAGGCGAGAGAGGCAUCGAUGUCGUGGAGAGGCUAUUAGGAGGAACAAGGGACGACAAGAUGCGAGCUGGCCAGGAGCGGGAUCCCGAUGAGGAAGAGCGCGCAUUGGCCCGCGGCUUGGAUGGUUUGCGGCCAGAGACACGCGAGGCAUUGACCGAGUUGAUUGAUGCGAUCAUCAGGGACUACGUGAGGUGGUGGUAUAGCCCCAUCAUGCCAUCGGACAAGUUCUUCCCUCUUUCCUGCCGGAAAAUCCUUACGUCCUUCCUAGUCUCCGUCUCAACUCACCUGGCAAGGAAACGACCAGCCGAUGCUUUUCUCGAUUUCCUGACCAACUCAUCGUCCAUCGUUAUCGUCUUCUUCUCCGAGCUCUCUGCCGCCUUCGCCGACCUACCAGCCGAUUCGAAGGUCUCCACCCCCGACAUUGUCUACAAGUACCUCGAGGCUAACCCGGAUUCGAACCUGUCCAAUCUCCUCAACAACAGACAGCAGGCGGGGAAGCUGAGAAUGGUGGCCGAGGACUUGCUGGCUUUCCUAGACCGCUCUACAUACGAAUGCGACCCUGCCAGAGUCUUUCUCAGGGAGAUCCUAGCCGGCGUUAUCCUAGAGACGUCGCUCCAGACCUGCUCCAAGCCGGAGUGGAUCAAUGGCUGGAUAGUGUAUCUGCUGGAGGCCGGUGAGCCGGAUUUCAAUCAGGCCAUUGAUGUUGGGAUGCAGACAGGCCCCAGCCUGGACCAUGCCUAUGUCGACAUUGAUGGCAACGUGGGUAAUAUCGGCUUGUCCAAAGGGAAUCGAAACUCGUUCGACGCCGAGAAAUCACGGCGCAAAGAAUCGAUAGCGCAUAGGAAGAAACUCAGCAAGGCCGACGAAGAGAUGGAACUGGCGAUGGAGGAAAUGAAGCGCAUGAAUCAGAUGAUUGUGGAAGAAGAGGCUCGAAGGGCCACACAGCCAAAUGACAAUGCAACUCCAGCACCCUUGACUCUGAAUGGGGCUGCGGCCCCCAAGGAGGAAGUUGUUUCUGCCAAGGAUGCUUCAGACAGGCUGACAGACGCACUCAAACGGAACGCCAAUGAUUUGGAUAUGCAAGAGAAGGAUGUUGAGAGACUAACAGCUGAGAGCGUGCAACAGCCUCUCGAUUAUACGGCAAAGUCGUCCCCGACCUCAGGGGAAACCGCACAUACGCCAAUCACCCCAGUCUCGAACACGGACUUGUCAAGUCAAGGUUCAUCACCCAAGCAGAGUAUCGGGUCGCGAUUCACUAGCUUCGACCAGAUCCUUCCUCCAGGAAGGGAGGAGCUCGAGGCUGACGGGGAAGAGCCUCACAAGCCGCCGCCGCUCACCUUGCACAAUGCCACCAUAACGGUCCUCGACGAGGCCGGCGACAAAGGACGCAUACGCACGAAACCCUCGUGGGACUAUCUCAUCCAAAUCGAACCCGCGACCACACACUAUCCCGGGUGGAUGAUGGUGAGGAAAUACAGCGAUUUCGAACCCCUGCAUGAGAUCCUACGGCGGAUCGCCACCAUCUCCGGUGCAACGGCUUUCACCGAGCAACAUAAGGAGCUGCCAAUGUGGAAAGUCCACACGAGGAGCUCGCUGCGCGGCGAGCUUGAGCGCUAUCUCCGGGAGGCCUGUUGGAACCAGAGCCUGGCCGAAUGUGAGGGAAUGAAGAAGUUCCUUGAAAAGGACCAGCGAUACCAGAACAAUUCGAGGUCGGGCCUUCAGGCGUUUGAAAAGCUCGGGAAGAACGUCUUCGAUGUUCUCACCAGUGCCCCGGUAGAGGGCUCGAGGGCUGUCGUUGGCGGAGUUACAGGAGUGUUAGGCAACAUUGGCCUCGGCCAGAGGAAGCAAACGAGCUCAUCUUUACAGGACGUCACGGCAGCCAGCAGGCUUUCCAUCUCUACGCCCCCUAGAGUGGACAGCGGCUUGUUCCUCAACGGAGCACGCAAGAGGGACAGCUUGGAUAGCCAGAGGUCGUCAGUGGUCUCUACGCAACCACCCAAGAUGCCACCCAUGGAGCGACGACCGAGCUACAUUUCACUAGGCGAGGCUGAAACUGACAACCUCCGAGCAUCUCGAAGCGAGCGUGGGGAAAGAUCCCCUGUGAGUGGGAUGAAUAGUCGAGACAAUAGUCGUGCUUCGAGCUUAGCACCACUCCGCUCUCCAUCAUCAGCCAGCUUGGACGGGGUGAGGCUACCGCCACCACCCGAUUCAAUCCCGGACGAUUACGAUUCAUACUUGGGUCCCAAAGCUAGGCAGCAAGAAGGUUUCCGUCCAUCUCCAGUGUUAUCGCAUCAACGGACUCAAACGAUGCCAAAUCUGGCGCAAAAGCCAACCGCUAUCCCUCCUCCCCGGCCCGCCAAACAAUAUUCCCAGUUGUCGGAGCAGGAAACACGCGUAGCGGUCGAGCUCCUCUUCGCCGUGAUAAACGAGCUCUACACCCUCUCGUCGGCGUGGAACAUCCGGCGGACCCUGCUGGCGGCAGCCAAGUCCUUCCUCCUCCGGCCGGGGAACCCGUCGCUGGUCUCGAUCCGGUCCAUGAUCCAGUCGUCCGUCAUCGACGCCAACGCGUCGGACGCCGGCAUCGCGGCCCACCUGAGGAAGCUGCGGGAGAACACCCUGCCGACCGACGACGAGCGCGCAGGGUGGCCGGCCGACAUGUCGGCCGAGGAGAAGGACAAGCUCCGCGUCAGGGCGCGCAAGCUCCUGAUCGAGAGCGGCGUCCCCGACGCGCUGAGCGGGGUCAUGGGCCAGUCGGCCACCAGCGACGCCCUGGGGAGGAUAUUCGAUUGCCUCCAGAUCGACGAGGUGGCGCGAGGUUUGAUGUUUGGGCUCAUGUUACAGGCGGUGAGGACCGUCACGCACUGAGUAAGGUUACGACUUCGGUAGAUUUAUGAUGUUUCUCACACGGGCGUUUGAUAAGGCCGCCACCCUGUCGACGGCCUUUUCCUUUCUUCUUUUCUUUUGGGAGGCAUGUAUCUCUAGAGGAGCUGCACCUCGGUAGGGCAGUAGCGUGGAAAGGGAGUAGGUACGCCUACGUCGCAUGCUCAAGCUCUGAGACGCGCGGUUCCACUGUACAAUUAGAUAGUCGGCGUAAUGUAAGAUAAGACUAGCUCUGGGUUUGUCGAGAUGUUAAUUUUCUGGUAGCCA